GGGCGCCUCCUCCUCCUCCCUGCCUUCCUCCCCAUCCUCUUCGUCGCCGAACGAGGUGAUGGCGCUGAAGGAUGUGCGGGAGGUGAAGGAGGAGAACACACUGAAUGAGAAGCUUUUCUUGCUGGCGUGCGACAAGGGUGACUAUUAUAUGGUUAAAAAGAUUUUGGAGGAAAACAGUUCAGGUGACUUGAACAUAAAUUGCGUAGAUGUGCUUGGGAGAAAUGCUGUUACCAUAACUAUUGAAAACGAAAACUUGGAUAUACUACAGCUUCUUUUGGACUACGGUUGUCAGAAACUAAUGGAACGAAUUCAGAAUCCUGAGUAUUCAACAACUAUGGAUGUUGCACCUGUGAUUUUAGCUGCUCAUCGUAACAACUAUGAAAUUCUUACAAUGCUCUUAAAACAGGACGUAUCUCUACCCAAGCCUCAUGCGGUUGGCUGUGAAUGCACAUUGUGUUCUGCAAAAAACAAAAAGGAUAGCCUGCGACAUUCCAGGUCAACCUGGGCCUCGAGAGUGUCAGCUCAAUGAAUUGGCCAGCCGAGCCCCAGAGAGGAUCAGCUCGAGGGGCUGGU